AUGACCGACGAGAACAUGGCACCGUCUGCGCUCACAGAUGGCCCGAACAGUCGAAUCACCCAUCCAUCGACCACAUCUUCAGGGUAUCGUCCUGAUCGAGUAAACAUGAGCACGGCUAUAGAUUUGACUGCUUCGCAAGAGCGGAUGUACACCGACUCGGAGCCUAACAUUGCUGCUUCCGAAGCCAGCCCGAAGGUGACUCAAGCGGAUGAGCACCCCGGAGGGUGGGACGCACCAAAACCACUCGAGAAGCAGGUGCAAUCUUCUCCUCAUCAAGACUGCCAACAGCAAAGUGAUAGCAUCGCGCUGCUGCCACGCCAUUCUCACGAUGCUCUGCGUAGUGGCCCAUUGGAACAAGGUGGCUCGCGCAAUCCCGACCAACUCAACCCACCCGAGUCACACGACAUGCUCCUACUAAGCUCAAACGAGUCAUCGCAUGCUCCUGGUUACAGCGACCUUUUUUUCGACUUGCUGUUUGCCGCCUGCCUCAACACCUAUAGCAACGCUGUGUCUCUGGAGCGUUUCAGCAACGUUGCCGCCUUCCUCGGCUAUUUCACUGCUAUCUGGUGGGCAUGGUGGAGUCAAGCCUACUUUGACGUACGAUAUCGUCGAACGAUGCGUCACCAGCCCUUCCUCUUCAAUUCAUGCCAGCGAGUCAUCCGUGCAGCUGUGCUGGGUCUGUGGGUCGCUUUCUCGACCACACCUUCCGAGUUUUCGCGCAGCAGCUUCACCAAUUUCACCUUGAUCUAUGGUUCCUCCCGCAUGGCAUUGGCGCUCGAUCACGCGGUGGUCCUCCUGUUUGACGUCUUUCGCUGGCGUCGGGGCCAGUCCUUGUUGCACGCAGCUGGAGGUGAUGAUAUCUAUCACUCUGACGACGAAUUAUCACGGCUCCCUUCUCAACGCACUACCGCGAGGCGGGUGGCUCGCAAUGAUGAUAUGGCUGCCAUCGUCCGAACUCAUCUCAUCUCGAUCGCAUCACUCGUGGCCUCAGGUCUGUUUUGGAUCCUCAGCCGUCUGCUUCCGCGUUCGAACGGAGUCACAGCUCCUCUGCUAGUCAUGUGGAUCUUGGGCGUAGCGAUCGAGGCCGCAGCGCAGAUCCUCAACGAGCUUAGUGAUGUCCUCUCUCCGCUUGGCAAGGGUGUACUUCCCGAACGUCUCGUGCUCUUUGGCCUUAUCAUUCUCGGAGAGGGGUUCACCGGUAUCGCCGAGACCCUCAACCGGAUCAGUCCAGGAGCAAAGCUGCGCAACGAGGCACUCGGCGGCGCUGCGAUUGAGAGCGGUGGUUGGAGUGGUGACACUAUCCUGCAAGCUGUGAGCUGUGUGCUCAUUAUCAUCCUGCAAUUUGGUGGCUACUUCCAUCGUGCCACCGGUGAGAUCAAUUGUGCCUCAGUCACUAUCGUACUCUGGGCGUACAUCCACGUUUUGCUGCACAUGUCUUCCGCAUUGCUGGUGAUUGGACUCAAGAAGAUCCUCAGCUUCCAAAACACUCUGAAUGCGAUGUCAAAGUUCUUCAACAAUCCCACUAUCUACCUGCCGAACACGCCACCUUGGCAAGACUUGCCCCCAGAGCAGGCGUUUCAGCCGUAUAAUGACGGGGAUGGUACCAGUCCUCUUUCCACCAGCGGGAUGCUGUCCGGCAUCUCCGCCAUCAUCUCGGUGAUCCAGAGCAAUGAUGGAGCCAAUAUUCCCACACUUGAUCAGGCGCAAAAGAUGGUAGCAUCCGUAGUUGGUCUUGCCGGAGGCUCGGCCCAAGCUCAGAGCCUCGUCGCUCAAGCCAACGCAUCCGAUGCAAGCAAUGCCCUUUCGUCGCGAUUCGCGCCAAGCCUAGUGCUACCAUUCAAAUCAUUCUUUGAGUUCGCCGACAAUGUUGUCAACCCAGAUUCAAUCAAUAAGUAUACAGUCAAAUCGUUGUUCCAGUUCAAGUACAUCUACGUUGCAAGCGCAGCGUACCUGUCGGUAGACAUUGUCAUCAAGACGAUGCAAAGCUCGCGUGAUCGCAAACUGCGGUCAUUCCGAUGGGCGAUGGCAUUGCGAUUCUUGUUCGCUUGCGUACUGGUGCUGCUGCAAGUAGUGUUUACUGUAUUUGACGGUGCUCCUUCCACCGCUGCUCUUGACGGUGCGCUGGCUAUCUGCGCUUCAGUCUUGCUGGCCGAACUGAUCUGCCAGCAGAUUGUUGAUGGCUUGCAAAGCCGCAUCGACCGUCCUCGCGCGCCGAAACAAAGACAUUCGAAGCUGAAUUGGUCUCAUUCGAGCAUAGCCGCUCACAGACAAGCUCAGAGCAACGGAUCAGCGUCAGUCUCGGACAAGGACGGCGAAGAAAGUAUCGAGAUGGUAACGCAACACAAUCGAGCAGAUGCUUCAAAGCAGCACUCCAGCCACUAA